AUGGAUAAUUUACUUUUUGACAAUACAAUACGAUUUGUUAAGGUUCGUGCACCUGUUGAUAAUGUUGAAACAAUGGAAUCAAUGAUUUUCAAGUUUACUGAAAGUUUAGGACGUCGUAGUCAAAUUGAAACAAUUUAUUUUAAUACUUUUAAUGGUGUUCUUAAAAUUCGCCAAUACAGAAAUGCUGAUAAUUAUGGUGAAUUAAUUUCUUAUACAAAAGCACCAAGUAAGUCAAGAAAAUGUGUAGGAGAGAUGAAGUAUGCUACACUAGAAAAUUGUAUUGAAACAACGUCCGUACUUUCAUAUGCUUUAGGAGAAAAAACUGGAAUUAAUAUAUUAAGAAGACAAUUUGAGAAAGAUUGUAUUAUAAUUAAUUUAGAUUUUGUUGAAGGUUUAGGACAUUUUAUGAGUUUAAAAUAUAUUUUGGAUAAAGAUAAAAAUAUUUCUGAUGAAGAAGCAUUUAAAAUAAUAACUGAUAUUAUGAAGAAACAUUUUAACUAUGUGAAGAAAGAUUUUUUACCAGUUAGUACUUAUGUAGAUCUCUUGAAAUGUAAUGGUUUACCUGAUAGUGAUUAUGAUGAAGAUCAUACCAGUGAUUCAUCAUAA